AUUGGUAUAUUCUUAUGACCUCCGGGUCAGAUUAAUUUCCCGUGAUGCAAUACGGCUCAAAAUGGCGGACAAUUUUGAGACAGAGAUGCUGACCCAGCGCAGACAGCUGUACACCACAGUUUUCUCCCAGUCCUUCUCUCCCUGUGGACGCUUUGUGGCUGUGUGUGACAACUUUGGGAGGAUCACCAUUUUCAGUCUUGCAGCCUCCUUGAGUGCAGAUGCAAAAGAAGACAGCCGCAAACCAGUGUUUACCUUCCAAGCUCACAAUGGCCCAGUGUACACCCUGUCUUCUACUGAACGUUUUCUUAUCAGUGCUGGUACUGGUGACAUCAAAGCGUGGAGCUGGGCUGACAUCUUGAAAAAGAGCCCAAAAGUGCAGUGGUCCCUGUCACAUCCAUUCAACCACAGCUUUGAUAACCCAGAAACAAAUAGCAUAGUGAUAACAAAGGAUGGGACUCUGUGCUCAGGAUGUGGAGACAAUAAUGUGUAUCUGUGGGAUCUACAAACAGGAACAUGCACGAACACACUUAAAGGCCACACAGACUACAUCCAUGCUCUUACCCUGAGGGGCAAUGACCAGCAAGUGGUGUCUGCUGGGGAAGAUGGGUCCGUCAGGAUAUGGGAUUUGCGAGAUUCCAGAGAAGCAGCCCAUAUAUUAGAGCCUUACAAACAUGAUGUGUGUGCCAGACCAGACCAGGGCAGGUGGAUCGGGUGUGUAGCUGUGGACAGUGGGGAUUACCUCCUGGUAUGUGGAGGAGGACCAUCCCUGUCCCUAUGGCACCUGAGGUCGAUGACCCCAGUGGUGGCCUUCCCCACCCCCAACUCUUGUCAGAACGUGGUGAUGUUUCAUGAAGACCAGAUCAUGUCUGCAGGGUCCUCCCCCUGUGUGAACCACUGGAGUAUCAAUGGUGAGCUGAGAUCUCAGGUCCCCUGUACACCUCCCUGUCUCUACAGUCUGGCCAUCAACACCAACUCUGCCAGCUAUAAGGUUCUAUCUGCAGCAGGCAGCAGUUCCAAGGUGGACAUCUUCACCAACUUUGGGUACAAGGCUUUCUCCAUGCUGGUGUGCUGACAGAGAUGACAGAUCUCAUAGCACUAACCGUAUUACAGUACUCAAUAACAUAGGGAGAACUACACGUGUGUUACUUCCAUUUGAAGCUGUAUAACAUUAAGUUUCAAGCUAAGGCCACACCAAUUUUAUUUGUUGUUUCUCGGAUUUCCCAACUGUAUUUUUUUUCGAUUUGAAAAAAAACACUUUUCAAAUUGAUGGUCACACCUCGUGUUGACAAAUUUUCACAGCCUCAAAUUCCAGGAGCUGUACGUGCCUAUUUUUGACGGUACAUUUAUAAUUUUUCAAACUUUGGACUUUGCUAGCAGGGAUCCCCUAAAUUAAAUGUAACUUGAGUAAGCCCCUUGAUCUCUCCUACCCCCGACUUUUUGCACACAAAAAAUUUUCGACCGACCGACCCAAUUUUUUUCUGAAAAAAUAAUCCGAGAGAAACAACAAACAAAAUUGGUGUAGCCUAAGGGUUCAAACAUAUUUAACACCAGUACAUGUACGCCGUGAACAGAAAUUAUAUUUCGUUGGAGGAAUGACAACUGUUGUACUGUUGUAUUUUGUACUUGUUUGACAAUUGUGCUGCGAUGGCAAGAAAAAGGCUAGCCUAAUUGUAGCUUCUUAUCCUACCAUUUAGUUUGAUUUGUUUUAGAUAUGCAUUCAGUUAUUUCUCUGUAAGGUCAUUCUGAUUUGGUUGUAUGGAUGAAUCCUGUGGAAGUGCGCAAAGAAAAGUGAGGAAUAAAGAAGUUGCCUUUAUCGUGAA